UGACAACCUCCUUCACUCGUUCUCAAAACCAGCUUCCCUCUUCAAAAACCCCGAAGCCAGCUAGCCUCCGAAGUAAAGAACAUAGGGCUCGGAAGAAAGAGUAUAUCCACGAACUAGAACAACGAGUCAGGGCUCUUCAAGCAGAAAAUUAUGAACUCAAGAAACAAGUUGAGAUGUUCCAAGGAAAAGACAAAGUCAAAAAGCAGAGUGAGAGAGGAUUUGAGCACCCCUUGUUUGAAUACGAAGACUUUUUAUAUAACUAAGAUGAGCAAGAUUGUUUUAGAGAACCCUUCUGAGGCUAGGUUCUCUACUAUUGAGCAAGCUGUUGAACAUUCCUCAGAUUGAUGAGAUGAAAGAGUUGAUUAUAUCAAGCAAUGAUUUAAUAAAAUUUUGGAAAAUAUCGUGAAUAUUGAGGGAAAGUGAAUUAUAGCCUGUCUUCAAAAAACAAAACCUUCUGAAAUGGUAAGGAGAAUAAAGACUCAUAAAAAUAAACUCAAAUAUCAACCAUCUAAUAUUCUGACAAAUCCCUCAGAGAUUGAUAUCGGCACAAUUUACUUUCAAUACACUUAUAGUCCUGGCUUUAUUAAGUUUGCAGAAAGUGGAGGGGUUCAAAUGAUGAAGACAUAUAAAUAAGAUUUCAAAAUGUGCACAAAAUUUGAUAAAGCUUCGGAAUGAGAUCUUGAAUCAUUACAAUACUCUAAAAGAGACUAUUACCAGUUCUGAAUAUUACACUCAGCCUGUACAUGGCAUACACAAAAUCAGAUUUACACCAUAUGUUUAAAGCUUUGGACCAAGUGCAACAACUGAACGUGCUGACUCCUCACUUCAUAUUCAAAAUUCCCAAGAAAUCCCACAAAAGAGCCAAGUACGAAGAAGGCGAACUUACUGAAUAACACUCGAUCA